CAGCGCGUGCGGAGGUGAGGCAGCAAGUCGAAACUGUGGUUUGUGAGCAGAUUUGUAGCUCUCCCUCUACCCCCACAGCCUCGCUCUCUCUGUCUCUCCUGUGUCCCUUUCUGUCUCUCCCUCUUUCUCUCUCCCCCUCCAUCUCUCUUUAUAUCUUUCUUCCCCCUCUCUCUGUCUCUCUUCCCCUCUAUCUCUUUCUUUCUCUCUCACUCACAAUCUCUCUCUCUCUGACUGUCUAUCUCUCUGUCUCUUUCUCUCAGUCUCUCGCUCUGUCUCUCUUUCUCUCUCUCUUUCUGUUUCUGUCUCUUUCUCUCCCUCUCUCUGUCUUUCUCCCUGUCUCUCUCCCUGUCUCUCUGUCUCUCUCUCUGUCUCUCUGUCUCUGUCUCUCUCUCUCUCUCUCCCUCUCUCUCUCUCUCCCUCUCUCUCUGCCUCUCUCUCUCUCUCUCGCUCUCUCUCUCCCUCUCUCUCUCUCUCCCCCGGUAAGUUCUGUCAGCCAGCCAGUCCGUUGCUGGAAGCUUUUGCCACCUGGUAGACGGGGCUCCCACCUCUCUCCCAGAUGCCGAUUGAAAUUGUUUGCAAAAUCGCGUUUUCGGAGGAUGCAGAGAAGCAGAAAGGGGCGGUGGAAUGUGACAAGAAGAGUCUGAUCGGUGAUGCCUGCCACUCGACAGCCACGGACCUGAUCACCUUUGCCGAUACCUGCUCACUACAUGGCAUAAACCACGUCUUUGUGGCAGGAGGUUGUGGAGUAAAGCAGACUCUCUGGGCUCUCGCCUUCCUGUCCUCCCUUCUCUUCUUCCUCUACCAAGUGGUGAAUUGCACCGUCUCCUACCUCCAUUACCACCACGUCACGGCGUUGGACGAGGAAUCGAAUCAGGAGAUCACCUUCCCCGCCAUCACCAUCUGCAACAUGAAUCGUUUUCGCCACAAUGCCCUGACUGACGCCGACAUCUACCACCUGGCCAACAUGACGGGGCUGCCCCCCAAGAGCAAGGACGCCCACCGGGCAGUGGUCCAGGGAUACCCCGAGCCCAACAUGAUGGAUAUUUUCAACCGCACCGGCCACCAGAUCGAGGAGAUGUUGAAGAACUGUAACUUCAGCGGAUCCCCCUGUUCCUCACACAACUUCUCUGUGGUGUUCACAAGGUAUGGGAAGUGUUACACCUUCAAUGCCAACAAGACCGGCGGCAGGAAGGGCAAGCAAAGCGGUAUGGGGAAUGGCCUGGAACUGAUGCUCGAUAUCCAGCAGGACGAGUACUUACCCAUCUGGCAGGAGACAGACGAGACAUCGUUCGAGGCGGGAAUCCGUGUCCAGAUACAUGGACGGCACGAACCUCCUUACAUCCACCAGCUCGGCUUUGGGGUUCCACCCGGAUUCCAGACCUUUGUGUCCUGUCAGGAGCAGCGGCUGACGUAUCUGCCCCGUCCGUGGGGGAACUGUCGCUCAGAGUUACCGGGCAGCCUGGUGCCUGGGUACGUGAACUACAGCCUGGCCGCCUGUCGCAUCAACUGCGAGAAGCAGGCGGUGUUGCGGGAGUGUCGUUGCCGUAUGGUACACAUGCCAGGGACCGAGCCCAUCUGUACCCCGGAGGAGUACAUGGAGUGUGCCGACAGAGCCUUGGAUAACCUCAUCACGAUGGCCAACUUCAGCUGUGAGUGUGAGACGCCGUGCCACGUCACACGGUAUAACAAAGAGCUGUCCAUGGUGAAGAUCCCACGGCGAGGGUCCUCCAAGUUCCUCGCCAAGAGGUUCAACACCUCCGAGCAGAACAUCAAGGAGAACUACCUAGUGCUUGACAUCUACUUUGAGACACUGAAUUAUGAAACCAUUGAACAGAAGAAAGCCUACGAUGUGGCGGGAUUACUGGGAGACAUUGGAGGCCACAUGGGGCUCUUUAUUGGAGCAAGUAUCCUGACCAUCCUGGAAAUCAUCGAUUACUUGUAUGAGCUAUUGCGUAUCCGUCUGCAGCGAGUUCUGCGGCCACAGCCUGCUCCUGUAAAUAAACCGCAGGACACCAUUGCGACCCUGGGCUUGGACGAUGUCAAACUGGCAACCUGUGAAUCGACCAGAUGCCCCCAGGAGGGUCGAUUACUACCCCCCACCCUUCACCCACACUCUCCACAGCACCGACUACCAUUUCACGACUUUGCUUGUUGACUGUGGCCAGAAUUCGUGAGCUGGCCCUUCCUCACCGCCCCCACUGUUCCCUCCUCCUUCCCCUCACGGACCGCUCUGGCUCUCAUCAUCCACUCCCUCCGCUCCCUCCUCCUGUUCCCUCAUCGCACCCUCCUCCCUUUAUUCAUUACUCACCCUCACUGUCCCUCCUCAGUGGCCCUACCCACACAACCCCCUCCCUCACUUACACCUCCCAGUUUCCUCACUCCCUCAUUACCUCCACCUUCUCGAUACCCUCACUGCCCUUCCCACACUACUCCCUCUCCCUCAUCAUCCCCCUCUCUCCUCUCCACUCCCUCCAGUUCCUGCUAAUCUAUCCCUCUUCCCUUCCAGACUCUUGAACCGUCCCCCCACACGACUUCUCCCUCCAUCCCACCAACCUCAACGUUUCCUCUGUAAACUACCUGCUGUGGUAGCUGUCACCAUUAAACACUAACCAACCCCCUGCCCAGCUCUGCCCCCAUCCUUCCCCCUCAUCCCCUGGCUAGGAGAGGUUUGUUUGCCCUUACCUGUCCCCAGGGUGGGGCAGAGUCUGUCCACGCCUGCUGUUCCGUCUGUUACCAAUCACUCCACAUCGCUUGGCUGUCCAACGUGGCAGGGCUGUUGGUGGAGUCACGAAAAACUCUCCCCCCUCCUCCCCCAGUCACCCCCAUCAUCAGCUUCAGCCAACCACCACCACCCUGAGCUCCCCACUCCCUGCUACUCAGCGCCUGACCCUCGAGAUCCUCCUGGGCAGGCCCUACUUGUGCAACCUAAAAUUCUCCAUCUUGCCGCCUCUGUUUCCACGCCCCCAUCCCACGCCACAUCCUCUGUCUCCAUCCUCACACUCUCCAGCCAUCGAGGAUGUGGGGCCAGUAUCCCAGCUCAGUCCAAGGGUCACCAGCACUGUUCCCUCUCAGCUGUGCAGCCACGCAGUAGCUGAAAUGCUCCCAUGCACAUAGCCUUCGUUGCCACUCAGCUGGAAUUUUCUUUUAUAUAAAGUGAACAUUACUAUAAAGUGCCACACAGUUUUCAGGCUGUGUAGAGAUUUCCUGCUCAGAGCAAUGGUUGGUCCAUGCCGCUGUGAAAAAAGUUAGAGGGAGCAUUGGUUAGCAGUGACCCACCACCUGCAAUUCAGUGUCCAUAUCUGCCCUCCCCACAUUCCAGUCUCCUCCCUCACUUGCCCCGUCUCUGACCCCAUUCUCUCCCUCCCUCAGACUGUUGCUCUGUCUCCGUCCCCGCCCUCAACGCGUCUCUCUGCCUCUGUCCCCUCCUUCCCUCACCGUCUCUGUCUGUCCCUCCCUCCCUCGUCCACCUGUCUCUAUCCUCUCCCUCGCCCCAUCUGUCCCCUCUCUCACUUCACCUGUAUCUGUCCCCUCCAUCCCUUCCUCACCUCACCUCCCUGUCUCCACUCUCCCUCCACGUUAUUCCUCACACCCGCACUCUCCCAACCCAGGAUCUAUUGGCCUGGUGCUGGGGAUGUGGCAGGUUCUUCUGGGAGUGACGUUGGAGGCCGGAGCCUGUUAGAAUCGCACUGGAGCCUGCUGGGUGGCGCUGGACUGCGGCUACCUCCCUGCUGGAGUUUCCUGCAAAGAGCCAGUUUGCUGGGAUUUUGCCGACCCGUGCUGGCCGGGAGUCCUGAGCAGACUGCAGAGCUGCCCGCAGUCCACACUACCCAGGUGCUGGCUGGCCGUGCGUGGGACAUUCACCACAUUCCUGUCCGGUGUUACUGUGAAGACAGCUCCGCUCCACUCCACCACGCCUGCCAAAACUGUCAUUAAUCUGCCGGGCCGGUAACACGUGGAGCACCGAGCACCCAUCACACGUCCACAUGAGAGCAUCCUCCGCCUGUUUUAUAACUAUGAAUCACUGUCUGUGCUUUUACACUCUUAUGUGUGUGUACCUACACCCCACUGUUCACCUCCCACCUGUGUUCCCACACCCCUUGGUACACCUCCCUCUGUGUGUACCUACACCCCUCCGUAUACCCACACCCCUCAGUACACCUCCCUCCGUGUGUACCCAUACCGCUCCGUGUAUACCAACACCCCUCGGUACACCUCCCUCCGUGUGUACCCAUACCGCUCCAUGUAUACCAACACCCCUCUGUAUACCUCCCUCCAUGUGUACCCACACCCCUCCGUAUACCUCCACCCCUCGGUACACCUCCCUCCAUGUGUACCUACAUCCCUCACUAUUCCUCCCUGUGUGUACCUACACCCUUUCAUACACCUCCCUCUAUGUGUACCCACUUCCCUCCAUAUACCUCCCUCCACCUGUGUACCUACACCCCAUGUGUACCCGCACCCCUCCCCCCGUGUGUACCUACAUCUCUCCGCCGGGUUGUGUACUUACAUCCCGUAUACCUCCAUCCCUCUGUCUGUGUACCUACACCCCUCCAUGGACCUGUACCUGCCUUCACCUGUCUCUGUACCAACACCCCUUCGUGUAUGUGUACCUCCCUCUGCCUGUGUAUCGACACCCACAUCUGUGUACCUAUACCCAUGUACCUCCCACCGCCUGUCUGUGAACCUACAACCUUGCAUGUGCAACCUUUACCUGUCCGUAUGCUUACACCUGUGUGUCCCUCCGCUUCUGUGUACCUAAACCCCUCUCUGUACCUCCCUCCACCUGUCUGUAUACCUACACCCAUGUGAGUGUGUGUGUGUACCUCCCUCUUGCAGUCUGUGUACCUACACCCGUGUGGGUACCUCCCUCUGCCUGUCUUUGUAACUACACCCUGUCACGUGUGUGCUUCUUGACACAUGCUCCCGGAUAUGGCACACCCAAGUGUAUGCCCAGUGAGUGGGGCGAGGAGAUAUGGCUUUAAGACCUGUGGGUGGGGCUGGGGAAGGGUGUGGAGAGGCCUGUGGGUGGGGUGAUGCUUUGGUGAGAGGCUGAAGUGGUUCCUUGUCGGGGUGGAGGGAUGCCCGACUGCGGAGCAGAUGGCGUGAUCCUACGUGGGACAGCAUGAUCCCACAGAACAAUGGCUAAUGGUGAGGGGAUGCCUCCCAGCUGCAGACAACUAGGUUUGAUCCCGACCUCCUGUGCUUUCCGUGUGGAGUGUGCACGCUCCCCCUGUGACUGCCUGGGUUUGCCGUGGGUGCUCUUGUUCUCUCUCACAUCCCAGAAAUGCCCAAUGUAGGGUGGGCAAAUUAGCCGCUGUGUGCCAGGGGUGGAAUCAGGGCACAGCUGGCAGUAACUUGAUGGCCAACACCAAACAGUGGGCUGAAGGGCCUGUCUAUGAAGGGAGGUGAGAGCGGCCCCUCCCUCCCGCCGAGGGUUUGAGGGUGGGCGUUCUUCGGAGAUAAUGACAGUGCAUGCUUGUGAAUUGCUGGUCAAAGUGUGACAGGAAGAGAAGGAAUGAAGUUCAAAAAUCAGAAAUCAAUUUAUUUGAAACAUUUUCCAAUGCACAGUAUUUCACUGAGCCAACCCAAUGUUGUAGAUGUUUUUACUGCUGAUCGUUACAAUGUACUUGGAAACAAUGUAGAUUAUAUCAUAGUUGUGACGUUUGAAUAUUCUCAGAAUAUAUUUAUAAAUUGGAAUUGGGUUUGUCUCUUCUUUUGGAGAUGGAAUUGGUAGUUUUGAAAUUCCACUAGGACCCAGAUCAAACUUGUUUCAGAGCCAGGCUGCACUGUCACAUCUGGCUCUUUGGCCCCGUACCGGGCACAUCUGGAACUGCAAUCCUACGCUGGGCACACCUGGAUCCACUGUGGUCGUCCAGCUCCCACCAUUCACCUCCUACGGUCCAAGACUUGCACUUCCCAGUGCCGACUGCACAGGUUCAGUGCAUGCAGUUUGCAGAACUCCCAAAUACAUCACCAAAAUCUAAAGUCCAGCUGUCCGCUCCACUGGCACCAGGGCACAAGACAGCGAGACUGGGAGCGGCUGCUGCCUCGGCCUCUCUCCCACACCAGCCCACCACUGGAGUACUGAUCACUCAGUGGAAUGCACAUUUCUUUGGUCUAACAAGACUUCCUGAUUGAACAGUAAGAACCCAAACCCCUCUGUACCGAUUGGAAGAUGAAUCCAGGGUUUUGCAGUCCUUGUCCAGCAGGUUAUAAUUGGGUUUAAACCACCCCCACCCCCCGCUCUGCUACGGAUUUGGAAGUUCCCUGCAUCCUCUUCCACCUGACCAGAGUUCAAGCAGGCAGAGCAGCACUGCCAAAUCCAACACUGACUUUGCACAGAGAUUGUCGGAGAGCGCGAGACAAAGCUCCGCGUGGAGAAGGCAGUAUCGGGCACCCUGCCCCUGCCCUGGGAGUGCGUGACGGGGCGGUGGCGCAGAGCAGCGAGACAAAGCUCCGCGUGGAGAAGGCAGUAUCGGGCACCCUGCCCCUGCCCUGGGAGUGUGCAAAGGGGCGGAGCGGAAGGACAGGGCAACAGAGGGAGAGAGGACACGACGGAGCGUGUAGAGGGAGGGAGGAAUGUGUGAUGGAGUGUGUUAUGGGACAAUGGAGUGAGUGAGGGAGAGAGGACACGACGGAGCAUGUGGAGGGAGGGAGGAGUGUGUGAUGGAGUGUGUAUGGGACAAUGGAGUGAGUGAGGGAGAGAGGACACGAUGGAGCGUGUGGAGGGAGGGAGGAGUGUGUGAUGGAGUGUGUUAUGGGACAAUGGAGUGAGUGAGGGAGAGAGGACACGACAGAGCGUGUGGAGGGAUGAAGGGAGAGAGGGUACAAUGGAGUGGUGCAGGGGGUGAGAGUGACUUACUGUGUGAUGGGACUGUGCGGAGGGAGGGAGGGAUGAGGCAGCGCGGAAUGAAAGAGGGAGUUUGUGAUUGGGGCAGCGUGGAGGGGAGGGAGGGAGCGUGACAGGACAGCGCGGAGGGGAGGGAGCGUGACAGGACAGCGCAGAGGGGAGGGAGGGAGGGAGCGUGA